AUGGAAGAGAGCCGGGCCAGAGUAAACUUGUUGGCGAUUGUGAUUCUCUAUCGAGGUAAAUGCGGCCUCUCCAAAUGCAUCACUCUCUACAUGAUGGCCAUGGCAGCGUCUGAUCUCCUGGUCGGCAUCACCGAUCCGUUUCUGCGUCAGACUAUUCAAAUUCACUUCCCAUAUUCGUUGCUGAACAUUACCCCCGUGUGCGCCACCACCGAAGUCCUGGUCUUUGCAUCCACCGCGGUCUCUGUCUGGCUGACGGUGGCCUUCACCUUCGAUCGGUUUGUGGCCAUUUGUUGUGAGAAGCUGAAAACAAGAUAUUGCACUGAGAGAACGGCGGCUGUGAUUAUCGGGGCAGUGAGUGUGCUGGGCUGUUUGGAGAAUGUCCCUCAGUGGUUUAGGUACGAAUCAGCGAACGAAAUUGAUGAUCUUCCCUGGGAUUGCUCCACCAAACCCAUCUACUAUACGUCGGCUGCAUGGGUCGCAUAUCGUGUCACACACCGCGUUCUAACCCCUUGUAUCCCGUUCUUUCUGAUUCUGCUGCUCAAUGUGCUGACGGUCAGGCGGAUUGUAGCGGCCAGCAGAGUCCGCAGGGGUCUCCGGGGCCGCAGCAACGGAGAGAAUGACAAGGAUCCGGAGAUGGAGAACCGCAGGAAAUCCAUUGUUUUACUCUUCAGUAUCACGGGCACUUUCAUAUUGCUGUGGGCAACACAGGCCAUAUUUUACAUCUUUACAUCUAUUGCGAAGGUGCGAGUAGACUACACCCCCACCGGUUAUUACUACAUCACACGGGUCACGUCGGUGUUCCUGCAGCUGCUCAGUACCUGCACCAACACGUGUGUUUACGUGGUGACCCAGAGUAAAUUCAGAGCUGAGCUGAUGAACGCGGUUAAAUUCCCAUGUGAGACUGCCGACGCGCUGCGGGACGUUUGGCCAUUGUUCGUGAGCGAGUUUGAUAAAUCAAGAGAUUACGAGUGA